GUUGGUUUCGUGGCUACUGGGGAACUUCCCCUUGCACCCGUCGUGUGAGUCUCAAUGGUUCCGGAUGCGCCUGGCGUCCUCCCGACCUGACCCAUACUAUCGACUCGUCCGAUCUGACCUGCCCCCGUUUCAGUAUAUGUGUCAAUCGCCUCCCUGUCCCUCUCGCCAGUGUCCUCCGACCCCCCAGCAAGGGCCUCUCCGACCCAAAUAGUCUGUCUCCCCGACGACAAUCGGUCCGUCGCCCGCUCCUGCGUGACGCCACGCCUCGUCCACCCGGGCCCCUGCCCUGCCUCCCAUCCACCACCACACCAUGAAUCGAUUUCGCAAGUCGCGAAAGGAGAAGGCCAAGGAGGAGGUGCCGGCGACACCGGCCGAGGCCGUACCCGCCACCUGGACGCCCAAAGUCUCCAAAAAGCCCAAGAAGCCCGACCCGGAACCGCCCAUGCCGCCGCUCGAUUUCUCCACGGCCCUGCCCUCCAACGACGAUUUCCGCACCAGUCUACUCAUGCCCAAGCUCUCCGCCCGAUUCAGCAUGCUGCGCGAGCAGGACGACCCGGGAUCCAUGAUCGGCAAGGCCAGCGACGACAGUGUCCUCUUCCCCAAGCGCGCGUCGCGCCUCAACCUCUUCGGCCACAACCCCAAUCUGCUGGCAGAUAUCGACGAAGUCUCCAACGAUGGCAGCCGUCCCUCCUUUUCCGUCAGUCGCGCCGCCUCCGUCAUAUCCGGCGUCGACGGCGAGGGAACCGACGACGAUCGCUCCCAGAAGGAGAGCAUCAUGAGUCGCGCCCGCCGCGUCGAAGGGAACAACCUAUUCGGCGGCCGCCAGAAGGUCUACAAGAUCCCGACCAAGGUGCCCCCCGCCGACACCGCCGCCGAAGGUCCCUCCGCCAUGGGCGGCCGGGCCGUCUACGACCACGACGUCGGCCUCUCGGCCUUUCAGCGCCAGCGCCUGAGGGACAAGGAGGACCGCGCCGCCGACGACGCCCAGCACGAGGCCCAGAGCCCCGUCGCGGAGAGCACUGGCUCGCGCAUGUCGUCCGCCAACCGCACCACCUACUCGUCGACCGCCUCCGGUCCGACCGCGAACGGCCGUACCUCCACCGCGGCCACCUCCAUCGACGAAGAAGCGCCCUUCGCGGGUCCGCCGCUCGGUGACCCUCCCGCGCCCCCUAAGUCAUCUCAGCCCGGGUGGGGUCCCGAGCGGGGCUCCGUCAAGUCGCGACGGCUCUACGGCCCCGGCCUGACCCAACAGCAACAGAAUUCCGCCCUGAGCCGCCUCGAGAGCCUUAGUCGCCAACGCGCCGGCACUCCCGAGUUGCCCCCCCUCAAGCGGACCUAUUCCCGGAGCGCCACCAACCUGCGCGACCGCCUGCAGCGUCUGGGCGUCGCGGAUCAGACCGUCCAGGCCUCCCGCCGCGCGAGUCCCCCGGCGUUUCCGGCGUCAGCCGCCUCCAAGGAACCCGGGCCCGCCCCGCGGACGGACGCGCCAUCCCCCGCGGGGCUCCGUCCCGCCGCGCCGCCGCGGAGUCCGGCCCCGAGCGACCCGGACGACGCGUCCUCGCUGACAUCUGCCGUGAAUCCCGAGGAUCGUGGGAAAGCCACCGCCAUGGGCAUGUUUAAUAAACCGCCCACCGAGUUCGACGAGAACCAGUUCACGCGGCGCCAGCUGCAGAUGCACCAGGGUCGGAGCACGCCGCCCGCGCGACGCCCCCGUCGAUCCCGCUCCGGGUCGCUCGCCUCAUCACACUAUAGCGACGUCUGGCGACCCGGCAGCCGCUCGGCGGCCACGAGCGGUCGGGCCUCCCCGGCGCACUACGCCCAGGGCACGUUCCUGGCCAACUUCAGCCCGAGUGAGUCGGAGGAUGAGGAUGCGGUCCACUCUCACGCGCGCGGCGUGUCCGACGCCAGCGCCCCGGACGGCCCCCCGGCCGAGGACCCCCACCCGCUCCCCGAGGUCCGCUUUUCGGACCUGGGGGAUUUGAAACCGAUUGCCGAACCGGGUCCGGUCAUGGGCAGUGCCGCGGACGAGCCGUCCGCCCAGCAGGAGCCGGACAAGCCCGACUCCCCCACGUUGGGGCCGUCGGGGUUGGGUCUCAGCGGGUUGGUGCGCACCCAUCUGCGCCGUGGGAGUGACCGGUCGUCCGUCUUCUUUCCACCGUCCGCGGGCGAUCCCCCCAGCCACCCACCCCCUGUGCCCCCGCCCGUCGCCGCCGAUCACUGGGCCCGAAAGUCCUCCAUGGACUCUCGGGACUCGGCCAGUGACCUGGCCUGGGGCGAGGAGAUGAUCGCCCGACACCAGCGCGACGGUAGUACCGCCACGCAGCGGGAGCGCGACGAGUUUGAGCGGGAGCUGGCUGAGCGGCGUCGGCGAGUCCAGGAGAAGCUGAAGGGCAUCGCCGAGGCCGACAGCCGAGCGGGUAGUCCGGUCUCCGGCCGGCAGACGCCGGAUCACGGCCCCGUCCGGCCCGGGAACGCCUUUUCCAUGCUCAAGAACCGCACCACCAAGGGGAAUCUGUUCCACCGGCCGGACUCGAAGGCCGGCGGACGCGUGAUGGGGUCCCACAACACCUCCGCCGCGUCCCUGACCCAGGACGAUUACUGGCACGACGAGGAGGACCGGAGUCCCAUGGACUGGGGAAGACAACAACAGCACUCCCGGUCGAGCUCGCCGCACCCCCCCGCCGACCGGCCGAUCCGGUCGCGCAUGACCGCCUACGGACGGAGCAGCCAGGAGGAUCUCGUCGAGUCGCGGGGCGGCAGCCGCGGCGCGUCGCCCCACUCGAGCUACCGCUCCCACCGGAACCGCUCGGGCUCGGACGCCUCGCGGCGCUCCAAGAGCCGUCCGCCCCGUGACCGGGAUGACUUAGACACCGUGGAAGAGGUCACGAUCGCCCUAGAUGGAUACUUCCCGCCCUAUCAGGGCUCCGUGCCCCCGUCCACGCGCCCGUCCACCGAGCUGGAGCCCCUCGUGUACGAGCGAUCUCCAUCCGCCGCGUCGGGAUGGACCCGCGGCGACAGCCGCUCCGCCACGCCCAGCAACCCCGACCGCGCACCCCCUCAAGCCGGCGCAGCGGUGAUCGGAGCGCCCACGCGCCCACCCCCGCUCGCGCCCUACUCCGCCAACGCCACCCCGCCGCUAUACGAGCUGCCGCCCGAGCCCACGCCAUCCUCCUCCACCUCCGCCUCAUCGACAGCAGGUUCCUCACGAUCCCGAUCCCAGGCCGGUCUCCAAAAGCGAGCGAUCAACAAGAUGCAGAUCUCCGAGCCAACAUUCGUCUCCUCCACAUCCAACGUCCCACUCCGCGGCCUGCCCCCAGGCGCCAGCCUCACCAACGGCGCAGCAGGGACGCCCCCGAUCCCGCCCAUGAACCCGCGGCGCCGCCGGCAAACAACCACGCAGACGCUUCUAGGCGCGCUCAAGGGUGACCGGCACGACUCGCAACACAGCGCCUCGACGGCCAGCUCCCUCGGCGAAGAGCAGAGCAACUUCUCCGACGAGGGCGAGAAGCGGCCCCGGACCCGCCACCGGCUGCGCAAGAUCUCCAGCGAGGGAGGGCAUUUGAACGCUCGCGCCAGACAGCAGGUUAUGGCGGGUGGAUCUGGGGCGCCGCCUCCGCCGAAACUUCCUGCUGAGGGUGGGAUGUUCUAAUCGCCUGUCUCAAAAUACUCCUUAUCAUAUAUAUUCCGCUUUAUAAUGUCUACAUAAGCCACUGGCUCACUCGGCGAACUCAUUCUUUGACAUUUGACUUGCAUAUUUACAUCGAUACCUCUCUUUAUUAAAUUUCAUGUGUCUUUUCCCUUCUUUUUCAUAUUUCUUUUUUCUUUAUAUCUACUGAUCCAUCUGAUACUUCAGAGCAGAUCAUUCUAUGUCCAGGAUUAUCUAUCCUCUUAUGAUUGAUAUACCAACUACAUUAUGUUGAGCGACAGGACUGUCUUUUCUUUCUUUUUCUUUCCCCCCCCCUCAUGUCCCAAAACAUUUUGAACUAUAUCUAUCUUUCGCUGAGCCUUUCUCUCUUCUCUUUCCUUCCAUUGUUCAUUUUUCUUUUUGUCCAUGUACUAAGCAAGCAAGCCUUAUGCUCUGAUUCUUGUUCCUCCAUACUCAUUGAACUGAAAUAGAUG